ACACGACAAAAAAAUUAUGAUAGAUCAAUCAUGGUUGUUUUUCUACACAUACCCAUUCUUGGGGGGGUUUCUGAGAUUUUGUAUGUCCAAAAGGGGGUUGCAGAAUUUUUUUUUAUCAAAAUUUUUGAGAAUCACUGCUAUUACAAUUCGGCAAGUAAUGUAAAAGUAAUGAUUGGAAAGAGAGACGUUAAUCAUGUAUAAUUUUCUGUUUAAUAUAAAUGGUUGAGCAUUUUAAUAAUUGCUAGUUUUUAAAUAAGUUAGUCGCAACACUCUAAGAAAAAGUAGAACUAAUAUUGUAAUAUCGACUACUGGUGUAGAGCGUAUUUAUUGUGAGUUUACAAAGCUUAUAGAUCAAUUCAAGUGACGCAAUUUUGCAUCGGACAUGGACCGUUGGGUAGGAAAAGUUGCUAUAGUGACCGGCGCAAGUGCCGGUAUCGGUGCUGCAAUCGCCGAAGAAUUGGUGAUGUCCGGAAUAAACGUGGUAGGGAUGGCGCGCCGCGAGAACAAGAUGAACGAGAUGGUCGAGAAAUUCGGAAAGUAUCCAGGAAAGUUUUACAGCCUGAAAACCGAUCUGACGGUCGUCGAAGAUAUUUUGGCAUCCCUGAAAUGGGUCAAGGACAACGUCGGACCCAUCCACAUUGUGAUCAACAACGCUGGAUUCCUUGCGGAAGGUGGCACUUUCAAUGGUGAUUUGAGCGUGUGGAAAUCGCAGAUGGAUUCGAUGCUUUUGGCGCCUUGCAUCAUCAGCCAAGAAUCUAUUAAGGACAUGAUUGCAAACAAUGUUGACGGACACAUCAUCAAUGUGAACAGCAUCUAUGGGCACGUUAUCAAUCAUGUGUAUAACCCGGAAAUGGGUAUUUACCCAGCCAUCAAGCACGGUAUUAGUGCCCUCACCGAAACCACCAGACAGGAAUUGGUCCUGAAAGGAAAGAAAAUCAAAAUUUCCGCAAUUUCACCUGGAAUGACGGGAUCCGAAUUGUUCAACGGAUACCCUGCCGAAGCUAUCGCAAAAAUUCCUCUUUUGAGUUGUACCGAUGUUUCGAACGCUGUCAUGUUCAUGCUCAGUAGACCUCCGCAUGUUCAAGUUCAAGAGAUGGUCAUUAAACCAAUUGGCGAGAUCGCUUAAACCAAACAUUAUUUACAUUAAGUAAUGUAUAUAAUAUAAUUAAUUAC